CCCAAACUCUCAACCAAAAAUUGCUCCGCCCGUCUCCUCCCUCCGCCCUCGUUGUGCGCCGCCGUUGGAUACUCACUCGCCGGCCCCCGCGCUAGUCUUAGUCGCCCCACACCCUACAACUCUCAGUCUCUCAGUCGCCGGCCCUUUGCACUUUCGGACGGGUUCAUCGCAGCGGGAUUUCAGAUGUAUCUCGGCCGCACCGCGCCUUUACCAUUUCAGACGACUCGAAGGUCUACAUUCCUCUCCUUAGACUAGUUUACCGGCAGCUUGCAAGUUGGCUUUGGAAUAUGAUAUGGCUGGGACUUGUGAAUUCUAAUGUGAGUCUGAGAAUUCCCUGCACUUGUAAAAUUGUGAAUUCUAAUAGAACUAGGCUUUUCUCUUCAUUGGAUAAAGGCGGAGAUCACUGUUUUUUAAUUCUUUUCUUUGGCUGGGAUCAAAUUCAUCGGGCAAUUGAUACCGAAAAUCGGCCAUUUCAGAGGAGCAAGCCAAUCCUCUGCUUCAGGGUAACAAAACUGUUUUACACUUCAAAGAUGGAGAUAAAUCUCUUUUGCAGCGAAAAGGGCUUGCAAGAGUGUGUUGAGAGAUACCAUGGUGAUAAUCUUAUAAGUCGAUUACCAGAUGACAUUCUCCUUAUUAUCCAAUCUUUCCUCCCAUUGAAAGAAGCUGGGCGAACAAGUGUUCUUUCUUCUCGUUGGAGAAACCUGUGGAGUUACAUCUCACAUCUCAACUUUGAUGACUAUAGUUCGAUGGAGAAGAUUAUCGAGGACCCAAAAUUUCGCAGUGUUGAGAGGGAAAAGUAUGUAAAGUGGGUGGAUUCGGUUCUCCAAUCACACCGAGGGUCCACUGUGAAAGAAUUACGAAUAUGCUUUAGUUUAGUCAAAUCAGCAGGAAAGUCAAUUACAAAGUGGCUUGAAUUUGCUUUUGAGAGGCACACCGAAAAGUUGGAGAUGAACCUUUCAGAAGGUGACUGUGGUCAUCACCCACACGAAAUGUACGCGUUUCCUCAAGAGUUAUGCAGUUCAGACCAUCCUUACAAAUCUAGUAGACUUUUCAACUGUAAGUCCAUAAAAAUGUUGUCCUUGGGCUGCAUUAAUAUCUCUGGUGAAACUAUUGAGUUUCUCUUACGUGGCUGCCCAUUGCUGGAG